GAGCAUGCAAGCCAGGCGAGCAGUGGGCAUUAGUCAUCGGCGAAAUGCUUCGUGUGGUUGCUAUGGGGCAAGACGUUCGAGUGAGAGUGAUACCGAUGAUAUAACACCAGUCUUGGGUAAUUAGCCAAGGGCAAGAUGACAUUGGGUAGUCUUGGAAAGGAAGGGGCAGAGAAAGAGAGAGAGAGAGAGAGAGAGAGAGAGAGAGAGAGAGGCGGCUAGGUGUCUGGCGUUGGAAGUGGAGAAAGAUUUGUUUAUAUCUUUACUGUUUUGAAGGAUAAAGAAAGGUUGAUAACGAGGCAGAUGCUUUUGUAUAUUUGGCAAGUGAAAGCUUUACAGCAUCCAUAGGGGGUGAGAGAGAGAGAGAGAGAGAGAGGAAGAGGAGAGGGAGGGGAGGCAGAAGGAGGAACGGGCAUCAGGAAAGGGGACAUGUUCCCUUCCUGAAGGUUAUGCUCUUGACCCGAUGACUUUGUUGUGACUUUUUUUUCUUCUUUUGAUCAUUCAGCCUCGACUCAGAUGCCUUCAUGACUGGAGGUGUCGCUUGUCAGCUGAAAUUGUUUGAUUUCUAAGGGCCUGUUCUUGAUUCUGUUUGUGUACUGCUUUUUGGCGUUGGGAUGUUUUGGAGAAGAGGUUUGUUUUGUAGCGGAUAUUUCAAAAGACUAGUUUUUAUAUGUAUUUUUGUUUCAUUGUAGAAAGAAGGAGAUUGGUUUUCUGAAACCUGUUGGAUUUGGGGUUGCAUGUUCUUAGUAGGUGAUUGUGGUGGGUGUAUUUUGGUCUUAUGGUGUUUGUUCUUUGGGAAUCAUUGAUUACUUGGAUUCUUGUUCUUUUCUUGUCAGAAGGAGAUUAUUUUUCUGAGACCCGUUGGGUUUAGGGGUGCAUGCUAUUAGGUUGUGGGUUCUUGGAUGAGAGGUGAUGUGGUUGGUAUUUUUUGGUCUUCUGAUGGUGUUUGUUCAUUUGGAGUAGUUGACUUGAUUUCUUGUUCUUCUCUUGUUAGAUGAAGACUAUUCCUUCUGAAACCUGAAACCUGUUGGGUUUGAGAGUGCAUGCAAUUUGGUUGUUCCUGCUUGGACGAGAGGUGAUGUGGUUCGUAUUUUCUGGUCUUCUGAUAGUGUUUGUUCAUUUGGAAAUUUUGAUUAGUAGGUUUCUUGUUCUUCUCUUGUUAGAUGGAGAAGAUUUCUUCUGAAACCUGUUAGGUUUAGGAGUACAUGCCAUUAGGUUGUGGGUUCUUGGACGAGAGGUUAUUCGUGGGAAAUCUUUUUGGUCUUCUUAUGGUGUUUGUUCUUUCAGAAGUGUCGAUUGCUGAACUUCUUUUUCUUUCUUGUCAGAAGGAGAUUAUUUUUCUGAAGCCUGUUGGGUUUGAGAGUGCAUUCCAUUAGGUUGUGGAUUCUUGAAUGGAAGGUGCUCCCAUCUCUCUUUCAGCACAUCGAUAGCGAUUAUUGUUAUUAGUGAAUGUUAGCUAGGUCUUAUAACUAGAAAGAGAUUUUACUUGCUCCAGACUUGGUUAUCUAUGGAAUUGAGAUAUGCAUCUUGAUGCAAAUUCAUCUGAAAUGCAAGACAUUGGCAUUAAAAGUUCACAGAAUAGUUCACUCUAUUCAACAUCUACCUGUGAGUUCGAUCCUACUUGUUGGAAUUCUAGUAGUGCAAUUACUCCACAGUCUUCUUGUUCCAAGAACUUGAAUAUGAACAUGGGUUUCUUGGCAAAAGAUGGCAACCAAGUAAAGCAAUUAAGCCAUCCAAUAUCUGACCAUGAUUCAUCAACUCAGUCCACUGGUCAAUCCCGUCAAGAAGCAUCAGGAACAAGUGAAGACAAUGUUCAUGAGCAACAUAUUUCAGUAAACUCUGGUGUUGGUAAUACAUACAAGAAUUUGGUUGAUGGUCAUAUGAAGCCCAUUUUAUCUCUGGGAACUUCAGAAACUGCAUUUUCAUUUCCAAAACUGGAUUAUAGCCAGUCUUUUGCUCAUGUGCCUUACCCUUGUGCUGACCCAUACUUUGGUGGUAUCCUUGCGUUGUGCCGACCACAUGCUAUGAUUCAUCCACAAAUGGUGGGAAUAGCGUCCUCUGGUAGAGUUCCACUGCCUCUUCAACCUUCUGCAGAAGAGCCACUUUAUGUCAAUGCGAAACAAUAUAAUGCAAUACUUCGAAGGAGGCAACUGCGAGCAAAGUUGGAGGCUCAAAAUAAACUCAUAAAGGCUAGAAAGCCGUAUCUUCAUGAGUCUCGCCACCUUCAUGCAAUGAAGAGGGCAAGAGGAUCUGGCGGACGGUUCCUCAACACAAAGCAGCUCCAGCAGCAGAAGCAGACCCAGACUUCGGCAAUAUCAGGUUGCCAGGAUCACUCUGGCUCAAAGCUCUACUCAGGAAGCGGCUCGAUUGGUUCAUCUGCCCCUUCGAUCAACUCCAACAUCAGAACUGCUUCUACGAACGGAAGAAUGUUAACACAGCAGGAUCACUUGAGCUUUCCAUUUCCCGAUUUCCAUUCAAACGUCGGAGUGGGCACACAAGGCGGACAUACCAUGAUGGGCGGUGUGGUUCAGAGCUUCAAGUCUUAGCGAUGAGAUAAAACUUGGGGCAUGAACUGGCAAUUCAUCAUGGUGGUUCCCUGGCAAUUCAUCCUUGGCUUUUGGUAUCUCAUCUCAUUCGAUACGGAAUCGAACUUUAGUAGGAGUGUAUAAGAUCUUUGUUUAAAUUGCAUGAGUGGAAGAGAUAACGGUGUGCAUCAGAUCAUGUUCUCAGCUGCUCAAACAAAUGCAUGGAUCCUACCCUCGUUGUAACUUUAUGGAGUGUUGACAGGUUAUUGGAAAUCUUGUUCUUAUCUUGACAGUUGAAAACA